AUGGCGGCGGAGUGCGAGCAGGGCAGGUGGAAGCGUCGAGAGCAGAGAGAUGCGUGGGCUUGUCCCAUUCCCCCGCCGCCACCUUCCAAAUCAUCAUCUGGAUCCCUCCCGAUCCACCCACGUCCUCUCCACAAAAUUCCCCAUCGGGCCAAUCCCGCAGCCCCCUUUCGGUCCAAGCACCCGAGCCACGGCGAGCUGGCUAGGCGCCAGCCUCUCACCUGCGACCGCUUCACCAGGACCCCCGCGCCUGUAGCCUCCGUCCCCUGCUCGCCCGAUGCCCGAUCAAGGAGUUCCCCUUGGCCAUCCUCGACCUGCAGCAGCAGAAGCCACCGGGCCAUCCACGUUGCCCCUACCCUUCCUCCUUCCCGUUCCCUUCUCCUCCUCUCUCUCAACUCCCUCUCCGUCUCUGUACCAGGAACACUGAAGGAGCUCGUCGCCGCCACCUUGAACCCCGUCGUCCUGUGCCUCGCCUCUGCACCCUUGGAACGGGACGAGGUCGACCAGAUCCGGGCCAGAGACCCUUGUUCCCGGCCGUCCCCUGCCAUCGACGCUGUCUUCUUCAGGUUGUUGCGCCCUGCGUCGAUUGAAGCCGCCAUCCAAGCCCGUUCCCGGUCAGAUCCGCCGUCCGGGAGACCCGCGCCCCUGCCGGACCUCCCCUGCUUCGCCUUGGUCCUUGCCGGUUCCCCACGUCUUCCCGGAGCCCUCGCCGUGUCUGCAAGUCCCGCCGUCGCCAAGUCCCUGCGCCCCUGCCCUGUUUCUACCUCGCCCUCGUUCGAACAGAGGACGAGCGCUUCCUCGUCGUGCGCCUGGGCUGCAAGCGCGCAUCAGGCCUAGGCCAGUCCAGCCUGCAUCCCCCACCGACCGGGCCAGGCCCAGCUCGCGCCGGUCCAGUGGUCACGCUGGUUGCUUCACUCGUUAGCUUCGGUUUUGUUCUGGAGUUGUGAGGAUCUGUUCGACUACGUUCGUUUGUCUUCUUCAUGGACUCGUUCUUCUUCCUUGCGAGAUCUCAGGCAAGAUGACCAUACCCUCGAAAUCACUUCUAUCUUUGCUUGCUAGUUGAUCGCUUUAUUGCUAUGCCGCACUACCUACCACUUUCUAUAUCAUGCCUCCCAUAUUGUCGUGUCAAGCCUCUAACCCACCUUUCCUAGCAAACCGUUGUUUGGCUAUGUUACCGCUUUUGCUCAGCCCCUCUUAUAGCGUUGCUAGUUGCAGGUGAAGCUGAAGUUUGUUCCAUGUUGGAACAUGGAUAUGUUGGGAUACCAAAAUAUCUCUUAUUAAAUUUAAUGCAUCUAUAUACUUAGUAAAGGGUGGAAGGCUCGGUCUUAUGCCUGGUGUUUUGUUCCACUCUUGCUGCCCUAGUUUCCUUCAUACCGGUGUUAUGUUCCUUGAUUUUGUGUUCCUUAC